UUACGUACUACGCACUUCCUGUUCCCGACCGAGGUCCCCUUCUUCUUCUUCUCGCUCGCGCCGUGAAGUGGAUGUUUUGGUGAAAAAUAGGCUGUCGAAAAGAAAUGUAAACACGACUAAAACAUGACAUUUCGACCGAGUGGAACCUAAAGCGGCGUGGCAGGGGAGCGAGGGGCGCCUUCUGCAAAGGUUUCGGCUCAUCUUCGUCGUACUCCGCAUGUCCGCUUUCUUCGUAGAUGGUCUCCGGCGAGCGGUGUCUGGCAGCGGACGACGAAUUCUUGGCGAAUAACAUGAAGGAGAUGAUUGGAGGCUGCUGCGUUUGCUCCGACGAGAGAGGCUGGGCAGAAAACCCGCUGGUAUACUGCGAUGGACACGGUUGCAACGUCGCCGUGCACCAAGCCUGCUAUGGCAUCGUGCAGGUGCCCACUGGUCCAUGGUUCUGCAGAAAGUGUGAAUCUCAGGAGAGAGCAGCACGAGUGAGGUGCGAGUUGUGUCCACACAAAGAUGGAGCCCUCAAGAGGACGGAUAACGGAGGCUGGGCCCAUGUGGUUUGUGCUCUUUACAUACCUGAGGUGGAGUUUGCUAAUGUAUCAACUAUGGAGCCCAUAGUCCUCCAGUCUGUGCCUCAUGAGCGCUACAACAAGACGUGUUACAUCUGCGAGGACCAGGGCAGGGAGAGUAAAGCAGCAACUGGAGCCUGUAUGACCUGCAACAAGCAUGGCUGCAGGCAGGCCUUCCAUGUCACAUGUGCCCAGUUUGCUGGGUUGUUGUGUGAGGAACAGGGAUCGGAUGCAGACAACGUCAAGUACUGUGGAUACUGCAAAUACCACCACAGCAAACUGCGAAGGAGCAGGGGCCGUGGUAGUAGGUCUCAAAGCUUAAGUGACUCUUCCUCUCAGUGUAUGGAUAGACCCCCAGACAAGGACAAGAAGAAACACAAGGAGCGGGACAGGCAUAAACCCAAACACAAGAAAACGUCUAUGGACCUGUCGCCUUCCCUUGUACUUCCAAACAUCAUGGUCCCAGACAAGAGUUACAACAGCAGCAGUUCUGGGGGAGGGGUCACCUCUCUGCCCGCAUCCUCGCAGAAGCGGUUGGAUGACAGCACUGCCCGUUUCACCAACGCCAACUUCCAGGAAGUGCCGUCGGCUCACUCUGGCGGCAACUCCAAGGAUGGCGCGUCAGCAGACGGGGGGAAGGUGGGGUCGGAGGCAAAGAACAAGAAGAACAGCGGUGGAAGUCAUGCGGUGGGACCGAGGGGCGGCCGCAAGUCUCUCACCUCCUCAGGGAAACCCCUCCCCUCUGCUGUGGUCACCAUGACAACCUCCUCCACAUCUGCCUCCGCCUCCACCGGGCCGUUCCAUCAAGGCCUGCUGUUGACCAGCGCCAGCAAGACACCCUCUGCUGCUUCCUCCUCUGACUUCCUGAGUUUCACCGAUUCAUCGUUACGUCCAGGGGGCGGGACCACCUUCUCCUCCCCGCCGUCGUUCAGUAGCUGCCUUGUGAAGCCGGGGUCAGAGGGCGGAGCUUCAGAGGGAACCACUACACUCUUCAGCUCUCUCAUGUCCGCCACGGCGGCAUCUGGAGUGGGCGGAAAACUCUAUGAGAAUUCCCACAGUCACACAGCCGGCGAGACGACAAGCCUGAGUGGAGCCGCUGGCUACAAACGACCCCAGCCUUCCACUGCGGGUCCAGGAGUGGGAGGAGGAGGAGCAGGAGGAGGAGAAGACGGGGUAAAGAAGAAGAAGAAGGGCAACUGGCGAAACAGAUACACGCCCUGCUUCACUUCAGAUGUGAAGCCGCUGGAGCCGGCACCCUCCCUAACCGUUCCCACCUCUUCCACCGCCAGCACCUCCUCCUCCACUGCCUCCCCCUCCUCAUCAUCAUCAUCCUCAGCACUCUCAGGCCGACCAGGCUCGGUCUCCAGCAGUGGAGGAGUAGGAGGAGGAGCAGAGCGGGGCCUGGGGGUCAUAGGUGUCAGUGGUGGGAUUCAGAAGUCCCCGUCACUUCUCAGGAAUGGGAGUCUGCAAAGCCACAGCAGCUCCACAACCACUGGGACAGGUGUUUUCUCUGGUGCAGAUGGGUUGUCGUCGGGGGUGGGAUCCGUUGCCAUGGGCGGGUCCACUUCUGAGUUGUCACAGCAACAGCAGCCCACACCCUCCCUAGCCCCUCCCUCCCCUUUCACCGCCACUGCUCCGCUAACCAGCACAGCCUCCACACAUGUGAGCGGUCUGCCAGGCUCCGUCUUCAACCUGGCUCCCUCCCACAUGUUUGGGAACAGACUAAACCCAAACUCAGCCAUGGCAGCGCGCAUUGCCCAGUCUGAGGCUUCACCAGCAGAUCAGGAGGUGGGAGACGGCAGCAGCAGUGUUGGAGCUCAGGGCUUCUCCAUAAGAGCUUCUCCCAAGACCACCCCGCGGUCUCCCAUUGGUGGCCUGCAGAUCCGCUAUGACCCCUCAGGGUCGUUGCCGGGGCCAGGGCUGGGGUUGCUAGGGGCGGGGGGAGGUGGCGGGGAGACACUGCCCCCGGUGGCCACCAGUAUAGAGCAACUCCUGGAGAGGCAGUGGAACGAGGGGCAGAACUUCCUGCUGCAGCAGGGAGCGCAGGGAGAUGUGGUGGGCAUGUUGAAGUCCCUUCACCAGCUGCAGGUGGAGAACAGGAGGCUGGAGGAGCAGAUUAAAACUCUGACUAUGAAGAAAGAGAGACUGCAGCUUCUCAGUGCUCAGCUAUCAGUGCCUUUCACUCCCACCACAGCCUCCUCCGACGUGAAAGGAGCUCAGCUGGGAGCCAGUGACUCCUCCUUACCAAUGGCAGCUCAGGACAGUGCGUCAUGUGGGGGCCGCAGCAGUAGUGGUUCCACCUCCUCUCUCUCCACCCCUCCCUCUGUCUCCCAGAGCCCCCCUCAGCCGCAGCUCAACGGGGUCACGGCCGUGGGAACCACCCCUGCCGGGCUGGGCGGGGUGGCGGGGCUGAUGGGCGCUCUGGGUGGGGGCGCGCUGGGCAUGGGGGGCAUCGUUGGGGCCCUAAACGGGGUGAUCCAGACACCAACAGGCACUCCCAGCCCUCACACUCACACCUCGGCAGCAGCUACUGGUGUCACUCUGCCCAUUAACAACAGCAGCUCAGCAACUGCUAAGAACAGUGCUGCACGGCUCGGCCUUCUGUCUGAGCAGCAGAGACUUCUCCUGCAGCAGCAUCAGCUACAGCAGCUACUGUCUUCACAGCCCUCAGCGGAGCAGCAGCAGGUGUUGCUCUACCAGCUGAUGCAGCAGCAGCAGGACCUCCAGCAGCUGCAGUCCCUCUCCUCCUCCGCCCAGAUUCCCUCCAUCCCGCUGUCCUCCUCUCAGCUGCCCAUCAACAACCUGCUGCCCGGCGCCCACGGCCAGAACCAGGGCCAAGGCGCCAUCACCGCCAACCCCUUCCUGGCGCUGCAGCACACACACCCUCACACAGACACACACGCCUCGGGGGCUCAGAAACCACGGCUGUCCGAGAAGGCCGUGGGCGUCGCGGGGCAGGAGAAGACAUGACAGCAGACGCCUUUCUUUAAACAGAGUUUUUGGGUGAUUGGCCCUUCAGGUCAUCUUUCCCAUUAGGUGAUGAGACCCCAGAUGCCAAAAUCAUCCUCAUGUUCCCCGUCGGUCAGUCAGUGUGGCACUCCAUGCUAACCUUUUAGCGUACAUUAUGUUGAGUGAUGGUGGGAGCAUUGUCCACAGUAAGAACAUACUGUUAGUGUUUUACAUCACAUAGCCUUUAGGGUCAGAAAUUUAAAAAAAGGAAAUAUUAUUAAUUCAGUGUAGCUGUUGCAGCCAGGCUUAUUCUUAUUCGUAGUUCAGACAAAUGUCCACAUGUUGGUCUGCUGUGCAUUGAUUUUUAGCUGCACACAGUCUCAUCGCCCACCAUGUUCAGUUUAUGUGGAGACAGAAACAAAUGUGUUAAUUUUACCUCUCAUCACAUACACAAAGUACCAAUUUAUUUACUAUUUAGCUUUAAAUUUUUUCUCAUUUUUUUAUGAUCAUCAUUAUGUUACUCAUCUUCACCCAAUACAAUGUGUGCUAAAGUGCUCUAGCAUGUACUACCAGAGCAAAUGAUCUAUUGGGGACUUAGGGGUGAUUUUGGUGUUUCUAUUCUUAUCUUUUUACAAAUUGACCAAAAGGCCAGUCUCCCCAAAACUGUAUUCUUUAAUUUUUUUUUCUUUUUUCUGUUUAUUCCUCUCAUCUUUCUACUUCUUGCACCCAUGUUUCCUUUUUUGUCUUAUGUUCUCACUCUGUCCUCUCUUUCUCUUCUUUAUUCUACAACUCUCCAUCUCUCACUUUUUCUCAUUGCUUCGUCACUCCCCAUGCUCACAUCGCUCUCUGUCUGGUCUCUAUGCUACUUUACUCUCUCAGGGGCCUCUGCUAACCAGUCGUGCACUCAGCACACAAGCUAGCACACAUAACUACAACCGUAAUAAAUAAAAAUAAGGAAUAAAUAAAUAGAUAAAUACUACUAUCCCCUACAAGACUCACCAGUAGCAGAUGUAGGUUGACAUCUGUCUGUUGUAAGUUUGGAGGGGAAUAAUAGGCGUGAGGCUUGUGAAAUGAUCCCAUGUGCUUGUACUGUUACCUCUCCCCGUGUCUCUGUUCAUGCUGUUUGUGUAAAACCAUUAACUGUCAGUGAGCCAAGCCUCGUAUGGUCACCGCAGAAGCCUUGCUUUGACUGUCUCUUCUCUGGGCCAGAUACAGGGGGCUCAUUCAGUGAAGGGAAGUGUAAAAAAAAUGAAUGUUCAGAGGGAUGCUUUGUUCCACACAGCACAGAAUCACGAAGAAGAAGAAAUUAUGCAGAAACAGAGCCGCUGGUUCUCACCCCGCAGCUCUGUGCAAACGGCGUUGCAUUGCAUUUUCCUGAUUGAGCCCCCUGCUGCACCUACCUCUCAUGCAGGACCAGCCUAUCAGGACCUAAGGGCCGCCAGAAGCGGCCAAUAAAAAUCCCACAACAGUCAGGACUGGCCAAUCAGGGUCAAACCCAAGUGCCUGAGGCCAAGGGGGGAAGGCGGGAUUUAUUUUCCUUUUACCUGUGUCCCUGUCAGUCAGCCCGUUCUCAACGCUACUGGUAGUUAAGCUGCGUUGCUAAGGCAACAGAUCACAGAACACUUGUGCACGUCAGACCAGACGUGCCCUUCCUUUAAUAAAACCAGGAAAUACUAUUCUGCUGCAUUCUCUAAUAUCAAAGCCAACUUUGUAUUGUGCUUUUUAUUUAUUUGGAGAUUGUUUGUGUAAUGAACGUAAGAUGCUAUAUUUUAAAAGCCCACUGGUGUUGCAAUAUAACAUCGUUUUAUACUACUACUGUAUAAAGUUUUUUUGUUUUGUUUUUUGUUUUUUUUUGUUUUGUUUUGUUUUUUUUGUUUGUUUGUUUUUCUUCCCAUACAGUUGAAUCUUACUGUAAACUUUUUUGAUGACUUAAAAGCGAUGUCAUGUAUUUGAAAGCUAGAAACUACUUGAGAGUUGGCUGAUGGGUUAGUGUGGCUGUACAUAGCUGUUUGUUUGUGGGGGGGCAGGGGGGUUGGGGGAGGUGGAGGGUGGUCAGUGGCACAGUUUUUACCUCGUUAAGUGUAUAUAGAUCUUUCUCAUUGGCCGUUGGUGUAUAUAAGUGAUUGUGAUUGGCCGUGCUGGUGUGAAGGAUAGCCAAUGAAGCCUCAGUUUGUGCGUGUGAAUCUUAGGACCAGAUAAAUAGGUUGACGGUGACUGGACACAUAAAGUAUUAAUUUAUUUUUAUAUGUGCAGGGACAUUGUGUUUCUUUUUUAAGUUUUGCACCAUUUUUCUUGAUAAAAAGUCAUUUUAUACUCUGGGCACCGUGUUUUCAUCUGUGCACACGUUUGGAUCAGUUUUGUACAAUUGGAAAAUGAAGGGGGGAAUGGGUUCUUGACAUUGUAUUUCAAAACACCAAAAUAAACAAACGCUCUGGAUAAAGUAA